UAAUUAAUUAUUAACAACAAAAAGCUAAAAAGGAAGAUCAAUCUCUGUCACUCUCAGUACAUGCGAUCCAAGAAGAAAGCAGAGCAUAAAGACUCGACUCUUGUCGUCUUCUUCCACUUUAUUUAUCCCCAGAUCCAUCACUCCUUUAUUUCCCCCACUUUGUUCAUUUUCAAAAUUACCUCUUAAAAACUCCCAAAAAAAAAAAAAAAAGAAAAAAGAAAAAGUGACCAAUGUGCCCCCACUACUUUUUCUCAAUCAUUUUGGGAUCUUCAUGGUUAAUUGUGUCAAUUCACCUGAGAUUUUGAUGGUGAAUUGUUCAUGGGAAAAUGGGUUGCUGAUGGAAUGGCAAAAGAGUGUUUCUGUGUUACUGAAGCUUUUGGAUUAUUGAAGAGAAAAAAGGAACAGUUUUUGUUGUUUUUAAAUUGUUGUGUGGAAGUGGAUAUAUGGGGAGUUCACAGCAGCCAACUAGCUUUGGGGACCCUCAAGAAAUUUCCUCUGAUAAUGUUAAAGGCCUGUGCUUGGCUAUCUCUUCUAGUUUGUUUAUUGGCUCCAGCUUUAUCAUCAAGAAAAAGGGUCUUCAAAAGGCUGGUGCUUCUGGGGUCAGGGCAGGCGCUGGAGGCUAUUCUUACUUGCUGGAGCCACUGUGGUGGGCAGGAAUGAUAACAAUGAUUGUUGGAGAAAUUGCUAACUUUGCAGCUUAUGCAUUUGCACCUGCUGUCCUAGUCACUCCUCUUGGUGCUCUCAGUAUUAUUAUCAGUGCUGCACUUGCACAUAUGAUAUUGGGAGAAAAAUUACAUAUUUUUGGAAUGGUUGGUUGUGUUCUAUGCAUUGUGGGCUCAACAACCAUUUGUUUACAUGCUCCUCAAGAACGUCAAAUUGAGUCUGUAAAGGAACUUUGGGACCUUGCCACGGAACCUGCGUUCCUCCUAUAUGCAACUUUGGUUAUAGUGGCAGUUGUCAUAAUCAUUGUCCAGUAUAUUCCAAAAUAUGGACAAACUCAUAUAAUUGCUUACAUUGGAGUUUGCUCACUUGUUGGUUCUAUUGGGGUUAUGAGUGUCCGAGCACUAGGAAUAGCAUUAAAAUUAACAUUCUCUGGAAUGAACCAGAUGCUGUAUCCUCAAACAUGGGUCUUUGCAGUAGUCAUGGCAACAUGUGUGUUUACACAAAUGAACUACCUAAACAAGGCUCUUGAUACAUUUAACACAGCGCUUGUAUCACCAAUAUACUAUGUGAUGUUUACAUCACUGACAAUAGUCGCCAGUGUCAUCAUGUUCAAGGACUGGAGUGGGCAAACUGCAAUUCAAAUCAUCACGGAACUCUGUGCGUUUGUGACCAUUUUGUCAGGCACCUUUCUUCUUCACAAAACCAAAGACUUGGUUGAUGUUUCUUCACCAUCUGUGUGCAUGCGAUAUCCUAAGCAUGAUGAAGAAGAAUCAGAUGAAGAAGGCAGCAUUCCUCUGAAGCAUCGAGAAAGCAUGCGAUAGCUAACAUUUUUGUUGGGAAAAAUGGCAACUAUUGACCCUUUAGGUAAUGGAAUAGUAGGCGCUAUAUUAGUUUGUACAUAUAACUAGUCCAGGACAAAGUGCAAGUGGGAGUCCAAUUAAUUACCAGUGUAUCAUUCUUGUCAUUGGUGUUGGAACUCAUGACAUUGAAGAAAUUUUAUCUAAGCAGUGAGUGAUAUAUUCAUGGUAUAUAUAUUCAGAAUGUUCACACUUGACAAACUUGGAAUGGCAAAUUUUAUAAUCAAUUUUAGCCUUCUCACGGCA